AUGCAUCUCCUUGUCGGCCCACAUACUCGACCACCGGAAAUGGCGUGGGGAAGAUUGGGAACGGCGAUUCGAAGUGUGCAGACGGCGUCGGAAAGCCCCCGCCUUACCAGAUUCUCUCUCCAUGCCCCCAAAUCUGUAGAGGUAGAAUUCAACAAUGGCAGUGCCUAUAGUCUAUCAGCUGAGUACUUGAGAGUAUACAGCCCAGCAGUCGACAGUAAGAUUCGAUCAAUCAGAGGAGAAAAGGUUAUAUUUGGAAGGCGUCAUGUGGGAAUCAUGUCUGCUGAACCUGUGGGGAACUACGGGGUGAGAUUACUUUUCGAUGACUUGCACAAAACAGGGAUCUUUACAUGGGAUUACUUUCAUCAUCUCGGUGCUAAUAAAUUCUCGCUCAUGAAAAAUUACAUCAAAACUCUAAAGAAACACGGACUUACUAGAGAUCCUACUCGGAAGAAGUAA